CCACGCGGAAACGCCAAGUCUCUUCUGUAAAUCUGGAUUCCUUUCACGCCGCCACUCUCCCCUCUUCUGUGAAUUCCUUCUCUCUUCGCCGUUGUCGCUCCUGCCUGCCUCGGCGCAUCGCGUCGCUGGAGAGGGAUAGCACAGCGCCUCCCCCCAUCCCUCCUGAGCCUCCUCCAUUCCCAGAUAAAUAUCAUCCUUUUGCAUCUGAUUGAGCUGUUUCUGUGGCUGUGCAAGAGAACAUUAUUUAGUUGUACACACAAACAAAAAGUGGGAGUAUUUUCCAGAGUUUAGAAGAGGGCUGUUUGUGAGCACUGAAGGCAGAGAAAGGCAAAAAGCUUUAGCAGCGGCAAUGCUCUGGUCAAUGGACCCGCAGGUGACCGUCCAUGGGGACUGGGUGUCAGCCGUGGUGCCGCUGAUGAAGCUGCUGUGCCUGGCGGUCAUCGGCCUGCUCCUCGCCAACCCUCGGGUUCAGGUCGUGCCCAGGGCCACCUUCAAGCUGCUGAGCAAGCUCGUCUUCGCGCUCUUCCUCCCCUGCCUCAUCUUCGUCCACCUCGGCAAGUCGGUCACCAUAGACAACGUCCUGCACUGGUGGUUCAUCCCUGUCAACGUGCUCAUCAGCACUGCCAUCGGGUGCGUUCUUGGGUACAUCGUGGCCCUGAUCUGCCGCCCGCCGCCGCACCUGUUCCGGUUCACGGUGAUCAUGACCGGUUUUGGCAACACGGGGAACCUCCCGAUUGCGAUCAUCGGGUCGGUCUGCCAUACCAAUGAUCAUCCCUUCGGUCCUGGAUGUGACACCAUGGGUAUCGCUUAUGUCUCGUUCGCACAGUGGGUUGCAGUUAUUCUUGUGUACACUUUGGUCUACCACAUGAUGGAGCCACCGAUGCAGUUCUAUGAGAUUGUUGGUGAGGGGAAUGAGAUACAGCAAGAACCUGAACAGAUCAGCAGCAACUACAGUAGAUCUCUGCUUCAUGAGGCGGAGUGGCCAGGGAUGGUUGACAAAGUAACUGAGCAUUCAAAGACACCAUUCAUUGCAAGAGUUUUCAUGAGCAUUUCAGGUUCCUCACAGAAUACAUUUCCUGAAAUUGAUUUUACUGAAGAAGGAACUUCUGGUGCUGGACCUAGCAGCCCUAAGUCGCUCAGAUGUUUGGCAGAGCCAAGAGUGGUCAGGAGGAUCAGGGUUGUAGCUGAGAAGACUCCAAUUCAGCACGUCCUUCAGCCACCGACAAUCGCCUCUUUACUUGCCAUUAUCAUUGGCAUGGUUCCUGUCUUGAAAGAUUUUGUGUUUGGGGCUGAUGCACCGCUCUCAUUCUUCACUGACAGUUUGGAAAUCCUAGCUGCUGCUGUGGUUCCAUCAGUGAUGUUAAUUCUAGGAGGCAUGCUUGCGGAAGGCCCAAAAGAUAAUGCCUUGGGCAUGAGGACUAUCAUCGGUAUAAUUGUGGCCAGGCUUUUGGUUCUCCCAUGCAUUGGCAUUGGUGUUGUGACCCUAGCAGACAAGUUGCAUCUACUCGUUGAGCAAAACCAUAUGUACCGCUUUGUGCUUUCCCUCCAGUACUCCACACCAAGUGCUAUCCUGCUUGGAGCAAUUGCCAGUCUCAGAGGCUAUGGUGUUAAGGAAGCAUCCGCCCUUCUAUUCUGGCAGCAUAUUUGUGCAGUGUUCUCUCUUUCCCUCUACCUGAUUGUAUACUUCAAGUUGUUUUCUUUCAUUUGAAGACAGCGCCCAUCCAUCCAAUUCUGGCAUAUAUACAUAGCAAUCAUUUCGGGACGGCGGUGGCUCAGAAAUAGGAUACUAGAAGAAUGGGUUUUUGGUCAUGUCCCCUAUCAGUCAGAAGUGUUUAUAAUUUGGUAGUUAUUUAAAUUUCAGUUGCCUAUAUUGUUUGCGAACAAGAGAUACAGUUAUUUUUUCUGUUCAUUUCAGUCAAUAUAUUGAUGUGCAUUUCAUGAUACUAUUGUUGUAUGCAAAUCAUUACCUGGAUAAAAUUAGUAGAACAAGAUAGUAGUGA